AUGUGGGGGUCGAAUAUUGACGAGUCUCGUCUGCGCAAUCAGAACAAUGCUCCGCAUAACCAAUGGCACACCACAGGGGACGCAGAAGCAGGUGCCGAUCGACAGCAUCAUAUACACCACCCAACAGAGGCAGUAGAAGGUGAUAGCCCUACAGAUAUUACAAGAGAGACCUCAGGUACAUGGGGUGAACGAGAUGUUGGUGGCUUCGACGAGGACGAGGCUCGCGAGAACUUCGAUGCCUUGAGGAAGAAUUUGACGGAUCUCAAUCGACAACGCUCUCACGAGUCGAGAUUACAGAGGACGACUUCGGCGACAAGCAGGAAGAGUAAGGCGCUCUCACGACCAGCGACCAGACAAUCCGAGCAGCCACCAGCAGAGUCUGAAGCUGGAGAUCUGGAAGCUGGACCUGAAGCAGAAGAGGAUGAGUUCGAGCUCGACCAGUUCAUGCGGGAGGGCCAUUUCGAGAAGCGAACAGAUGGAGCCUCGGCGAAAAAGGUGGGUGUGAUCUACAAGAACCUGACUGUCAAGGGUGUCGGAGCUGCAGCUACGUUCGUUCGGACGCUGCCAGACGCAAUCGUCGGUACCUUCGGACCUGAUCUCUACCACAUCAUCUGUCGGUUCGUGCCAGCACUCGCACGCCGAACAGGUGAAACACGAGAUCUCGUCCACGACUUCACUGGCUGCGUCCGCGAUGGCGAGAUGAUGCUUGUGCUCGGUCGACCUGGCGCCGGCUGCAGUACGUUUCUGAAAGCAAUUGCGAAUAAUCGAGAGUCCUACGCUGGCGUUGAGGGUGAAGUCACCUACGGCGGCAUCCCUGCAGACAAGCAGAAGAAGAUGUACAGGGGUGAAGUCAACUACAAUCCUGAAGACGACGUUCAUUUCGCAUCUCUCAACGUGUGGCAGACCUUUACAUUCGCUCUGAUGAACAAGACAAAGAAGGCAGGUGUCAAGGACAUCCCCAUCAUCGCCAAUGCGUUGUUGAAGAUGUUUGGUAUUGCUCACACGAAGUACACUCUUGUUGGUGAUGAGUAUACCCGUGGUGUCUCAGGUGGCGAACGCAAGCGUGUCUCUAUCGCGGAGACUCUGGCCUCCAAGUCGACAGUGGCUUGCUGGGACAACUCUACCCGUGGUCUUGAUGCCUCGACAGCUCUGGACUACGCUCGCAGUCUGCGAAUCAUGACUGACAUCUCGAACCGCACGACUCUCGUCACACUCUAUCAGGCGGGUGAAGGUAUCUACGAUUUGAUGGACAAGGUGCUUGUAAUCGACCAAGGACGCAUGAUCUUUCAAGGCAGAAAAGAGAAGGCUCGCCAGUACUUCAUCGAUCUUGGGUUUCAAGCACCUGAACGUCAGACUACUGCCGACUUCUUGACCGCCGUCACUGAUCCAGUGGAGCGUAAGUUCCGUCCUGGACGUGAAGCCAGUACACCUAAAGGACCAACCGAGCUUGAGACAGCUUUCUUGCAGUCACCAUACUACCAAGAAGUGCUCGAAGACAUCAAAGAAUACGAGACCUAUCUUCAGCAGAGCAACUACGAAGACGCUAAGCAAUUCGAGUCUGCCGUCGCAGAAGGCAAGUCAAAGUAUGUCCGCGCUCAAACACCAUACACCGUCAGCUUCCCACGACAAGUCAUGGCCUGUGUCAAGCGUGAGUUCUGGCUCAUCUUUGGUGACACCACGACUCUCUAUACCAAGGUCUUCAUCAUCAUUUCAAACGGCCUCAUUGUUGGCUCGCUCUUCUACGGCGAGCCACUCAACACCGAAGGCGCCUUCACCCGUGGCGGUGCCCUCUUCUUUUCCAUCCUCUUCCUCGGUUGGCUCCAGCUCACAGAACUUAUGAAGGCCGUAUCUGGUCGUGCCGUCGUGGCUAGACAUAAGGACUACGCUUUCUACCGACCUUCGGCUGUCAGUAUCGCGCGUGUGGUCGCUGACUUCCCGGUCAUCGGGAUUCAAACGGUCCUCUUCGGCAUCCUCAUGUACUUCAUGUGUAACCUUGACAUCGAGGCAGGCAAGUUCUUCAUCUACUUGCUCUUUGUCUAUGUCACGACUAUCCUGCUUACGGCUCUAUACCGCAUGUUCGCCAGUCUGAGUCCCGAGAUCGACACUGCCGUGCGGUUCUCUGGUAUCGCGCUCAACCUACUCGUCAUCUACACCGGCUACGUGAUUCCGAAGACGCAAUUGUUGACAGACUAUAUCUGGUUUGGCUGGAUCUACUGGAUCAACCCUCUUGGCUAUUCCUUCGAAGCUGUGCUCACGAACGAGUUCUCUGGACGUACAAUGCAAUGUGCGCCUGCUCAACUUGUGCCGCAAGGACCUGACGUCGACCCAGCGUACCAGGGCUGUGCACUCGCUGGUGCUGAGGUCAAUGCACAGCAAGUUCCUGGAAAUUGGUACCUCGAGACACAAUACAAUUACAGCAGAAGCCAUCUCUGGAGGAACUUUGGUGUGGUCAUCGCAUUCAUCGUGCUCUACAUCAUCGUCACCGCAAUUGCCACCGAAUUGUUCAGCUUCACUAGUGCUGGUGGAGGCGCUCUAGUCUUCAAGAAGACCAAGCGCGCCAAGAAGGUGGCCAAGCAGGUCGAUGCUCCUGUUGACGAAGAGAAAGCUGUUGGACUUGGUGCUACAAGCACUGGUGACAGCGCAAGCUCGACGAAGAAGGAACGCGACUUUGGUGACUCUUCUGAUGCGGACAAGGAAGAUGAAGCGCUUCAGCAGAUCACCAAGAGCGAGUCUAUCUUUACUUGGCGUGAUGUGAACUACAAGGUACCAUACCUUGGUGGCGAACGACAGCUUCUCAAUGGUGUCAAUGGUUAUGCCAAGCCUGGUGUCAUGGUCGCUCUCAUGGGCGCUUCGGGAGCUGGAAAGACGACCUUGCUCAACACGCUCUCGCAACGCCAGACGAUGGGUGUUGUGACUGGUGAGAUGUUCGUGGAUGGUCGUGCGCUCGGCCCAGAAUUCCAGCGCAAUACUGGUUUCUGCUUGCAAGGUGAUCUUCACGAUGGCACAGCUACGAUUCGCGAGGCACUUGAGUUCUCCGCCAUUCUACGACAACCUGCUUCCACGCCCAGGUCCGAGAAGCUCGAGUACGUCGACAAGAUUGUGGAUCUUCUCGAGCUCAACGAUCUGCAAGACGCCAUCAUCUCCAGUCUUGGUGUCGAGCAGCGCAAGCGUCUCACUAUCGGUGUUGAGCUGGCCGCUAAGCCUUCGCUCUUGCUCUUUUUGGACGAGCCGACAUCUGGUCUUGAUUCACAGUCCGCAUACUCGAUUGUUCGCUUCCUGAAGAAGCUCGCUCACGCAGGCCAAGCCAUCGUCUGCACAAUUCAUCAGCCGUCCUCUGUCCUGAUCCAGCAAUUCGAUAUGAUCCUUGCCCUCAACCCAGGUGGCAACUGCUUCUACUUCGGCCCUGUCGGCGAGAACGGCAAAGAUGUGAUCGAUUACUUCGCUCAACGCGGCGCACAGUGUCCUCCCGAGAAGAACGUAGCCGAGUUCAUCCUCGAGACUGCCGCGAAGCCUCACCGCAAAGCCGAUGGCACGAAGACUGACUGGAACGCUGAAUGGAAGAACUCCGAGGCCGCCCAGAAUGUGAUCGAGGAGAUCGAGGGCUUGAAGUUGACAAGGAGUAAGACUGUCCCUGAGGCAGUGAGGAAGGAGCAGCAGAAGGAGUUUGCUGCUGGUAUGUGGCUCCAGACAUCCGAACUGCUUAAACGUACCUUUAAGCAGCACUGGAGAGAUCCUAGCUACCUCUACGGAAAGCUUUUCGUCUCGGUCAUUGUCGGUAUUUUCAAUGGCUUCACGUUCUGGCAACUCGGCAACAGCACUCAAGACAUGCAGAACCGCAUGUUCACAUCCUUCCUGAUCAUCACCAUCCCACCUACAAUCGUCAACGCCGUCGUGCCAAAGUUCUUCACCAACAUGGCACUGUGGCAAGCUCGCGAAUAUCCUUCAAGAAUCUACGGCUGGUUCGCCUUCACAACCGCACAAGUCGUAGCUGAGAUCCCGUCUGCCAUCGUCGGAGCAGUACUCUACUGGCUUCUGUGGUACUGGCCUACCGGUCUUCCCUCCGAUAGCGCAACGAGCGGCUACGUCUUCCUCAUGACCGUGCUAUUCUUCCUCUUCCAGGCCUCGUGGGGUCAAUGGAUCUGUGCUUUCGCGCCUAGCUUCACCGUCAUCUCGAACGUGCUUCCGUUCUUCUUCGUCAUGUUCUCGCUGUUCAACGGCGUGGUCAGACCUUAUAGCAUGCUGCCAGUGUUCUGGAGAUACUGGAUGUACUAUGUCAAUCCCUCGACUUGGUGGAUCGGUGGCGUUCUGGCUGCUACGUUGCAUAACAUCCCGGUCGAAUGCACGAGCAGCGAGACGGCGCACUUCGAUGCUCCGCCCGGACAGACUUGCGGAUCAUACGCCGGUGCAUACGCAGCCUCGGCUGGCGGGCGAUUGCUCAACCCUGGAGCAUCGCAGGACUGCCAGUACUGUCAGUAUAGCUCUGGGGACCAGUAUCUAGCCUCCCUCAACAUCAAUGCUGGCGACAAAUGGCGGGACUUUGGCAUAUUCUUGGUGUUCGUCUGCACCAACUAUAUGCUGGUAUACUUCUUCAUCUACACUGUGCGCGUCAAGGGCUGGAGUUUCGGUUUUGGAUAUCUCUUUGGUGGUCUCGGCAAGGUUGCCAGCUUUGUUAAGAAGCCUUUUAUUCGUUUAUUCGGCAAGAAGAAGGCUGUGGAGUAG